AAAUCGGCAAUCACGAGUCACGACUGGCGUUGAGAGCGAGAAAGAGAAAAUGGCAUUUGCUCUUCGCGCCUCCUCCGACUCUGAAAACCCUAGGAAAUGGCGGUUCACAUGGGAAGCCCAAUCUCACAUCCCGACACUCAAAUUGUUCCUCUUCAAUCGCGACAUCAAACCGUCGAUUCACUGCAAGAACCUGAAAGUCCAGUUGGUUCUAGAAAAGUCUCUGCUCACAGUGAGAUGGCUCGAAGCCGGUUCCGAACCCGAGUUCUUUCUCAAUGUUCCCGUUCCCAGAGUUUUGGUCGACGGCGAAGCUCCGAUUCUGUUCAGAGCGUUGGACGAUCACGUCGAAGUUAAGCUCCCCCUGCUUCUUUCUGUAGAUCACCCGAUUCUUUCCACCUUCGACGCGCUGGGUUUAUCCGAGGACGAGGCUUCUCGACGAAAUUCUGUCUUACUUGAUACGAAUCCACUGUCUAUGGAUUCGGAUCUUGAAAGUUUGUCUGCUGCCGAAGGAGUGCAAUUCUAUUGCAGAAAUUGCUCUGUACAGUUAACAAGGCUUCUCGGAUCUUUUGCAGAAAUGCCAUCUUCCAACUGGCGUGAGCUGGCAGACAACUGGUUUGGGGCUUGCUGUUGCUCAUUUGGAGGUAUAAGUGAGAAGUUGGUGACUAGGUAUGCAACUUCCUACUCCUCUGCCUCGGGUACAUGCCUAUUGAGUACCACAUUUGUUGUUCUUUGCCAAGAUGACUUGGUUGGUUGCAAAUUGCCUUGCUAUCAUAGCAAUGAAAAAUGUGGGCCUGAAGCAGAUUUCACUGCUAUCAAUUGUUUACCCAAAUCUAUGGUAGAUAGUGGCAGUCACAAUGGAUCUGUGAUAGGUCAUGACUGUGAAAAUGACAGUAGGUGUCAUUUGAAUGGCGACCUAAGUUGCAGAGAUUCUAAGGAAGAUAUCCUGCACAAAGAUUUACAAUGUGAAGUUUCUGAAAAUGUAAUUUCUGGGGAGAACUUGUCCUGCUCAUUUCCAGUUUCAAAAUUUCCUGGAGAUGUUCUGCAAGCAACUGGAUGUUGUGCUGAUAGAGCAUGCAUUCAAACUCAUAAGGUACGAGACUAUUCACUUGCAACAUCUGCAACUUCUCCAAAUGAUCAAAAACUUUGUACAAACUUGGAGCUCAGUACAAAUCAGAAAACUUUCCUUAAUGGCUUUCUUGGAGAUGUUUUCAUGGCCAGAUCCUCGAAUCUCUCCAAAGAUGUUCAGUGGGUAGAAUUUCUCUGCCCACAGUGUUCAUGUCUUCUUGGAGCAUACCCUUCUGGUAAUGGCAAGGCAGCAUUGGAUGGUGGGGUUCGAUUGUUCAAGUGCUACAUUUCAACUUGUCUGCCUGUUGGUGGAUCAAAUGAUCUGUUUAGGAAGUAUACCUUGGAAAAGAUGUUCACGUAUCAACUAGUAGAAUAUGCAAAAGAUGAAUUGUCAUAUAGGACUGUGUUUAAGGAUCUGCAGACUGGGUCUGCUAUGCUGCAAAUUGUUCUCCUAAAUCCUAGUUCAUUUCACUGCAAUGGCUACUGUUUUGGAGCAGAAAACAUAACAGAUUUGAAGGUAGAUUUGUUCCCUGCAAUCAAGGUGUUAUAUUCUGAUUGCAGUAGCAGUAGCGAAUCUCAGACGAGGAUGAUAGACAAAUGGAUAACAGAGAACCAAGCUGAUGAAGUUUUCAUGUUGGCACGCCAAAUUAGAGAGUUGAUCAGAUCCUUGAACUGUGCAAGGGGCAUUUUUCCACUUUCCAGUACUUUGCUGCAAGGUUUGUCUUUGUCAUCCAUGAGGAGAUAAUGGCAUAUGCUUGGUUGGAAGUUUUGAUGUUGUGCAAUCAAAGUUUCUUAUUUCAAGUGAAUGUGUUACCAUUCACAAUACGAUGCUUUUGAGGAAACUGGGAACAAUUUUUUAGUGAUCGUGAAUGGUGGAAGCAUUUUGGAUUGGAACUUAUCCGUAGGCAUCUGUAAGAUCAGUUUCUGGAUAGAAGUCCCUGCAAAAGCCCUAGUGGUCAAUUGUGUGAAUUUUGGGACCAUUACAAACAGACAUUUCUUUUGCCGUAGUUAUUGCAGCGCUAAAACUUUCUGCUUGUGCCUUGUAUCAAGCAAGGCUGUUGGAAGCGUAGAACCUGGAAAUUUUUUAAUGGCGAUCUGUUUAUCUUUCUUGCCAGUGGGCCCCUCGCCUGCCUUUGGUCGGAGGCUUAUUUCACUUGUAUUGCUAAAAGGAAGAAAUAGUGGCAAUUCCCCAUUUGCAAUUGGUCUCUUAAUCGACUUGUUUCUUUGCGUCAUCUCAAAUUACCUGAAAAUGGAUACAGUCUCUUUGUGGACAUCUACUCAAGGUCUUGUCAUCUUUGGUCAUGGUGGUAUUCAGCAGUAUACAAAUUUUUGCAUCAGUUAUAGACAGGAACCAUCUCUCCCUCAGACGAUUGUCUUCUAAGAAGCAAAAGUUUUAUCUCUCGUGGGAACUACUAUUGGGUACUAUUGCAUUAAGUCUGCAUAUGGGAGGAAGAGAUCCCUGUGGUUUCUUUCUGAGGAAUAAUACAGGUGGGGGCAAUCAAAAGGAUUUCCUUUAGUGG